UUGGGAGGAAGCCGCCUCCCGAUUAGUUGUAAAUGGAAAGACGGCGUCCUGCCCGUAGUUGGUACGGUCCGCGGCGGACCGGGGCGGUAGCCGCCGGCGCUCAAGUUUCCCGGGCCGGAGCGUAGGGCCUGCCGGGAAAGCGCCGGAACCGUUGUUCGCCAGGCCGGCUGCAGCAGCGCGUGGGCUGCGACAUGCAGAGCACAGACCUGGGCAACAAGGAGAGCGGCAAAAUAUGGCACCGGAAGCCAUCCCCGGCCACACGGGACGGAAUUAUAGUGAACAUCAUUCACAACACUUCUGAUUACCUUCCCAAAGUUUUGCGAUUUCUGAAUGUGGCUUUUGACAGCUCAGGUGAUUGUUUACUUGCUGGGGACCAUCAAGGAAAUAUUUAUGUUUUUGACUUGCAUGGAAACAGGUUUAAUCUUGUUCAGCGAACAGCACAAGCCUGCACAGCUCUGGCCUUUAAUCUUCAUAGGAAGUCUGAAUUCCUUGUGGCAUUAGCUGAUUAUUCUAUUAAAUGUUUCGAUACAGUCACCAAGGAGCUGGUUAGCUGGAUGAGAGGACACGAAUCUUCCGUGUUUUCCAUCUCCGUGCACGCCUCGGGGAGAUACGCCAUCACUUCGUCCUCUGAUACAGCACAGCUGUGGGACUUGGAUACCUUCCAGAGAAAAAGAAAGCUGAAUAUCCUGCAGUCUGUGGGUAUUCAAAAGGUUUUCUUUCUACCAUUAAGUAAUACCAUCCUCAGUUGUUUUAAAGAUAAUUCUGUCUUCGCCUGGGAAUGUGAUACUCUUUUUUGCAAAUAUCAAUUGCCAGCUCCACCUGAAAGCUCUAGUCUAUUAUACAAAGUGUUUGCUGUGACCAGAGAUGGGCGAAUCCUGGCUGCUGGGGGCAAAUCAAAUCAUGUGCAUUUGUGGUGCUUGGAAGCCAAGCAGCUAUUCCGAAUUAUCCAGAUGCCUACUAAAGUGCGAGCCGUUCGCCACCUGGAAUUUCUUCCUGAUAGUUUUGAUGCUGGUUCUAAUCAGGUUCUUGGAGUGCUGAGUCAGGAUGGUAUUAUGAGAUUUGUUAAUAUACAGACUUGUAAACUUCUUUUUGAAAUUGGGAGCCUUGAUGAUGGAAUUACUUCAUCAAUAAUUAGCCCACAUGGACGGUACAUUGCAGCUAUCAUGGAAAAUGGAAGUCUGAACAUAUAUUCAGUUCACACUUUAACAAAAGAAAUAAAUAAGCCACCUCCUCCUUUAGUGAAAGUGAUUGAAGAUUUGCCUAAGAGGAAAGUGAGUUCUGGUGAUCUUAAGAUGAAAGUAACAUCAGGAAGAGUACAGCGGCCGGCAAAAUCAAGGGAAAACAAAAUGCAAACUAGAAUAUUAAAACAAGACCUGACGGGUAAUUUUGAAAAUAAAGAGAAUGAGUUGUCAGAUGGAUUAAACAAAAAGCGUUUACAAAUCUUAUUAAAAGGCUAUGGUGAAUACCCAACAAAAUACAGAAUGUUCAUUUGGCGCUCUCUGCUACAACUACCUGAAAAUCAUACUGCAUUUAGUAAUCUUCUAGAUAAAGGUAUUCACGUGGCGUUUCUCAACCUUGAGAAGACAUACCCCAUCAAAAGUAGGAAGCUACUCAGAGUAUUACAGAGAACCCUGUCUGCAUUAGCGCACUGGUCCACCAUCUUUAGUGAUACACCAUAUCUUCCACUCUUGGCAUUUCCAUUUGUAAAAUUAUUCCAGAACAACCAACUCAUCUGUUUUGAAGUUGUUGCUACUCUUAUAAUCAAUUGGUGUCAACACUGGUUUGAAUAUUUUCCUAAUCCUCCCAUCAAUGUUCUUAGUAUGAUAGAAAAUGUUUUGGCAUUUCAUGACAAGGAACUCCUGCAACACUUCAUAGAGCAUGAUAUAACUUCCCAGCUAUAUGCAUGGCCUCUUCUUGAAACUGUGUUCUCAGAAGUAUUGACAAGAGAGGAGUGGCUAAAAUUAUUCGAUAACAUCUUUUCCAACCAUCCUUCAUUCCUCCUGAUGACCGUGGUGGCCUACAACAUAUGUUCUAGAGCUCCUUUGCUCAACUGUGAUCUUAAAGAUGAUUUUGAGUAUUUUUUUCACCAUCGGAAUAACUUGGAUAUCAGUGCUGUAAUUAAAGAAGUUUAUCGUCUCAUGGACACGACACCCACUGACAUUCAUCCAGACAGCAUGCUUGAUGCUUUUGUAGCCCUGACAAAAGGGCAAUAUCCAGUGUUUAAUCAGUAUCCAAAGUUUAUUGUGGACUAUCAGACGCAGGAACGAGAAAGAAUAAGGAAGGAUGAAUUGGAUUACUUAAGAGAGAGGCAGACAGUGGAAGACAUGCAAGCUGAAGUUGACCAGCAAAGAGUUGAAGAUGAAGCUUGGUACGAAAAACAGGAACAACUACGUAAGGCUGAAGAAACAAGGAGAGAAAUGCUCUUACAAGAAGAGGAGAAGAUGAUACAACAAAGAGAGAGACUAGCUGCUGUGAAAAGAGAGCUGAAAGUAAAGGAAAUGCACUUACAGGAAGCUGCAAGAAGACGUCUCUUACAGCUUCAGCAAGAGCAACGCGAAAUGGAGCUAAGAAGACUGGAUGAUGAAAUUGAGAGAAAGAUACAUAUGAGAGAUCGAGAAAUUGCUGCCACAGCGAAAGACCUAGAAAUGAGACAUCUGGAACUCGAAUCACAAAAAAGACUUUAUGAGAAGAAUCUCACUAGAAAUCAAGAAGCUGUUGCAAAAGAAAUGAGAGAAGAUGCAGAUGCCUGUAGACGAAAAGCGGAUCUUGAAGAACACAUGUUUCAUAGACUGAUAGGAAUGGAUCAAACCCAGAACCAAAAAACCCAGAAGUUAAUUGAAGAAAAUUUGGCAAAAGCUGAACAAGCGUGUCUAAAUACUGACUGGCACAUUCAAGCUUUACAUAAACAAAGAUGCCAUGAUCUACACCGAAACGAAUGUUACCAGGAAAUGGCUAAACUCCUUCGGAAAAACAGAAGGAAAGAAAUAGAAAUAUUAAACGCAAUGAGGGAGAGGGAAGCCGAAAAGGUGACGGCGGUUCCAGCCAUCACGUACACCUUCCAUUCAGCAGGAAGAAGGGAGGACAGAGGGCAGGAGGUCCCACCACCCAGCUGAGACAUCUUCUUUUGCACUGCUUUCCAGAAGUCCCCCGUCACAUUUGUAGCCACACUGGCUGCAGAGGAUAUCAAGGAAAGUAGUAUUUUUAGCAGGGAAGCAUUGUCAUCCCGAAUAAAGUCCACCUCUGUUGCUAAAGCAGCAGCAGAGAUGGAUUUUGAGCAGGCAGCUCAAGAGUGUGUGUCAUGCCGAUGUAUCUUUUGGCUGAUCCUCCCAGCAGCUCUGGACCAUCUUUCUGCUGCUCUGUUGUAAUGAAUUUUCUGAAAGCUUGUCGUAAUAUAUCUCCUUCAAGACGCUUUUCCAGAUUCAUUUCCCUCCUACCCCGCCCCUAACCCAUAACCCUUUUGUUCAAGGCCAGGGAGAGGCAGGGGUGGUGCCCAGAACACGGAGGGCGCGCUCCUCAGGGAACUGAUGGUGGGAGCCCCCAUCUCAAGGUCUCCAUCACUGACACCAGGGCGAGACUGUGUAAUUGGGUGCUGCUCUCCUUUGGGUAACGCGUGUAUUCGAGAGUAGAACUGAGAAUCACCGUGAGGGCUCCUCAUGUCAUAAGCUCUUUCGUGUCCAGUGUCCUGGGUUCUAAAUCUAGUCGGACGACUGCAUGGCUUUGGCACGUCAGUCUCCUCAUCCAGUAACAUGAAAGGGAUGGAUCACUAUGGCCCUUCCUGGCCCUAAUGAUUCCUUAGUUUUUGUUACUUAAUAUGUAUUUAUUGUAUUAGCAUUUGUAUAACAUGAAAACUGUGUUGCAUAUAAAAGCUGUCGCAUCUCUAGAACAUUAGCAAACUUUGAGAGCUAUAUAGUAAUUUAAGCCUAUUAUUUUAGUUACUCCUUAAUCCAGCUUUUAAAUUACUGUUUUCUCACUUUUGGAAGAAGAAAGUAGAGGCUAAUAAAAAUUACUUGACUUUCCUCCUGUCAUCAUUUGUACCAGAGCUGGGCAGAGAAUUUAUUCUCUGAAUUUUGUUGACAUUAUUAAGGCAUAGCAUUCAUAUCAACUAAUGCCAGUAGUUUUAAAAACUUAAUCCCAUAGGAUUUGAGAUCUGAACUGUAUUGAAAUGUAUUAUUUCAGUGACAGUUGGGACCCCUGUGUGUGCAGUCUGCAGCCCUGAGUGGGAGGGACAGCAGAAGUGCCUCUGCUUUCAAGGUUUGCCAGCAGCCUUGAGCCAAGACAGGCACCCAAUUACCUAAUACCAGUUGAGCCUCGGAAAUAGAAGAGGAAAUGGAGUAGAGGAAACAAACGGGGCUUGUUCCACUGGGGGAACUUGAAUUACCACAAUUUAUUUAUUUAUUUAAAUUAAUUAAUUUUUUUUUUUUUUU